AUUUGUGAACGAAGUACCGUACUACGUACACGUGUGAUCCUAUGACCAACUUCACGCUGUUCACAGCGACUAAUCAAUUUUUUGGAUUGACAUAUUUGACACUGGGCUAUUCAAUCAGACAUGUCUACUAAAGUUCGAACAAAACAGGAAAAGAGUGGCGAGAUGAUUGCAUACAGCGAAGGAGCGGUCAGGAAUAACGCAGCAGUUGUAGAAUACUGCAGGAUAUCUAUGGCUGCAUUAUCCGGGAGUACAGCUGGGCUUCUCGGUCUAACAGGUCUUUAUGGAUUUGGAUUUUACAUAUUCGCUGUUGCUGGAUUAUGGGCCCUGUUGAUGAUGAAGACCAGUGGUCAAUGGAAGAAGUAUUUUAUAAGUAGGCAAAGUUUGUUAACAAAUGGAUUCUUUGGCGGGCUAUUUACGUACGUGUUGUUCUGGACAUUCUUAUACGGUAUGGUGCACGUCUACUGAGAACAUCGACUCAAUACUGAAUCUGCUCAACUUGGGGUGACAAAUAAUUUAUGAAAAAUAAUCGACAUCUUGAUUAUUCGUGCAUGCCGUUGACAGAGAAGCUGUGACUGUUCUUAUUGUUCUUGUACUGUAUCUCGUAUAUUCCUUACUAAGUGCAUGAAAGAUAUUUGAAAAGAAUCAAAAAACGUUAUGGUUUCAAAACUGGAAGACUCUAGAUAUACAAGUUUUUAUUGUUUCCUUAAUAAACACAUCACUGUUUUAUAAAAACCUCCAAUAUUUUUGAAUUCUCGUAAUGGCUUUAUUUUCGUGUGUUUUGAUCUCAAAAACACUGAUCUAUUGAAUAAAUAAGGUUACGACUAAAACCAA